AUGAUACCUGAUACUGCUCCGCAAGCCAUGGUCCACGAGUUUUCAGCUCAGCACCAGGACUCCAUCAAGCUGCUAAGAUCGUGUAGCAGUCUAUCUCAGGCCAGGCGUCUUCAUGCCUCUAUCAAGCUCCAGGAAGAGAGAAAUGAUGCUGGAUCACAUUCCUACCUCUCCAAUUUGCUCGUUCAAGCGUAUGGGAGAUGCGGCAGCGCUGCUGAGGCUCGAUCGGUGUUUGACGCCAUCGCCCACAAGGACAGCUUCUCCUGGAACAUGAUGCUCUCGGCAUAUGCCCGAAACGGGCAUCUCCAGGACGCUCGAAUGUUGUUUUCCGUAAUGCCCGUGAAAGACACGGUCUCGUGGAACACCAUUCUUACGCUAUAUGCGAACGAGGGUCUCAUCAAACAAGCCGAGGAUGCGUUCUUAAAGAUGCCGUCCAGGAGCCGCGUCUCGUGGAAUGCCAUGAUCGCAGCAUAUGCCGAGACUGGGAAUAUUUCUGGCGCGAAACGCGUGUUUGAUCUUAUGCCCGACUCCGAUUUCGUGGCCUGGACGACAAUGCUGGUGGCUUACGCACAGCAUGGGUAUUUGCGUGACGCCGAGUCUCUGUUUGCGACUAUGGCGGAUCACGACGUGGUGGCUUGCACAGCGAUGCUCGCGGCAUAUGCCCAGAAUGGAGACGUUGGUCGAGCGAAGUCCAUGUUUGAUUCCAUGCCGGAUCCAAACCUGAGAUCGUGGAACGCGAUGCUAGCCGCCUAUGGGCAAAAUGGUUGCUGGAGAGAGGCCAAGUUGCUGUUUGAUACGAUGAGCUUCUGGGAUGUGGUGUCAUGGAACACCUUGCUCACAGCUCUCGCUCACUACCAGCUCGAAACUGCCAAGGCGUUGUUUGACAAGAUGCCUGAAAGAAGCAUGGUCUCGUGGAAUCUGAUCCUUGCAGCGUAUGCCCAAUCAGGGCAUCUGGAUGGAGCUAUCAAGUUCGCCAAAACCAUGCCAGAGCUCAAUCUCGUGUCAUGGAACACACUCUUGGAGAUGCUUUGCGCAAACAAUCGGGUUGACGAAGCUAAGAUCUUGUUCGAUGGCAUGCUCCAGCGAGAUCUUGUCUCGUGGACAACGAUGCUCACAGCAUAUGCCCAGAAAGGGGAUAUUCUUCAAGCCAAGCUCUUGUUUGAGAGAUUCCCUGAACGGGACCUCGUGUGCUGGAAUGCCAUGCUGGACAUGUACGUACGAUACGGCACGCUCGAGGAGACUAAACGCGAGUUCGAUUCCAUGCCCGAGCUUGACGUGGUGUCGUGCACCGCGCUCGUGGUGGCAUAUUCCCAGUGGGGGCACGUGGAGGAGGCCAAGAGGACGUUUGAUACCGUGGUUGCUCGCCCGGACGUGGUGUGCUGUAAUGCCAUGGCGGCGGCGCUAGCGAACGCAGGACACGUGGAACGCGCCAAGUGCCUGUUUGAUAGCAUGGCUUCGCACAACACCGACACGUGGAACGCCUUGCUGACGGGGUACGUCCAGUCAGCACGUUUCGCCGACGCGGAGUAUCUCUUCUCGGCUAUGCCGGACAGGAACACCGGCUCCUGGAACCUCAUGCUCGCGGCGCUCGUCGGCGCUGGCAGGCUGGAUCGAGCUAGAGAGCUCUGGGAUUUAAUGCCGGAUCACGUCAGCCUCUAUUCGAGCACGCUCAUGAUCUCGGCCUACGCGCAGAGCGGCCACGCCGAUCGCGCGCUCGCCAUCUUCCAGUCCACGCCGGAGGCCCCCGACGCCAUUGCCUGGAACGUGAUCCUCGCGAUGCAAGCGCAGGCCAGGCACCAGAGUGAUGAUCUCUUCGAGAGUUAUGGCGGGAUGUUGAUCCAUGGCGUGGCGCCGGACGAAUCGUCGCUGGCGUGCGUUCUCCACGGCUGCAACCACGCGGGCGACGUGAGGAUCGGGCGCUCGCGCUUCGGUUCCAUUGGCUACGACUUUGGGCUUGGAUUGACGAAGCAGCACUAUGGAUGUAUGAUCGAUCUUCUCUGCCGCGCGGGACAUCUGCGCGACGCCGAGGAUCUCGUCGCGAGCAUGCCCUUCGUCCCGGAUGCUCCCAACUGGACGAGCGUCAUCGGUGCCAGCGCCACCCGGCGGCUGCCAGAGCUGGUGUUGGAGAGAGCACUCGCGGAUUCCUCCCAGAGUGGUGGGCUUCACUCGGUGCUAGCCAACGCGCUGUCGAGCGCUCCAUCGAUGGCAGCACGAUGA